AUGCUUUUAAAGGUGACUGCUGAAUUAUCAUCAGACAAAGUAGAACGACGAGUGACGAACUCGGAAACGUGCUGCCCGUGUCCAGACACAACGGCACGUGAUAGCGAACAUGGUGCGUCAGAAAUAUUCCACGUGUUCGAUGAUUGUCCUUGCAGAGCGCGUUCAGAUUCUGACGGUGCAGCAUCAAGUCUUUCACCAGCCGUAAACGCUCCACAGAGGCAUUCACAGCAAAAGUCAGCUGGACCCAAACCACUAUUAGACCCCGAAGUAGGACUUGCAUCUUCAGUAUUGGAAACUUUGAAAGAAGCUACGGAAGAAGGAUAUCAAGAAGCUCUAGCAAGAGACGCUGCGCGAAAUGCAAUACAAGGCGAUUUAAAUGAUUUGGUUGAUGCAUUAAAUACACACGAAGACCCUCUACCUGAAGCAUCAAACAGAUAUAGUAGUUCUGUACUAGCACCGUAUAGAGAGGAUGCACUAAGCGAUUUAGCAUUUCGAAAUAAUCUAGACCAUAUGUUGCAAAAAACACCGUUAGACCUCUUCGUAUCACCAAAAUCGUCUGAAUUCUUUUCAGAAAAAUCGGCCGAAAAUAUUGAUAAAAGCGAAACAACAAGGACAAAUGAAAAGUCAAUUGCGAGGAAUAUUUUAACGACCAGAGAUGGUGCACACGAAGAGAGCCGAAAUAGUUUAAAGGUUUCACAUAAUCCUGAAAACUGGGACUGUCAUCGAAAUAAAGCACCUACUCUCCGAAAUAGCUUAUUGCCCCAAGAAAAUUAUGAUGAUUUAAAACUAAAUCAAAAUAAUAAUGUAUCAUCACUAAAGAAUAUCAUGCAUACAUUAGACGACCUCAGAACAGCUAAAAGUACAACACAUGAAAAUUUGGUCAAGCCUGAUUCGAUAGUGUCACCAAGCAAUAACGAUAUAAAUUCCAGGCCUUUUACCAGAUCAAACAAUCCAAUAUCUAAAAACAUUGAAAUGAAUGAAUUACAAAGCAUGUCCAAUCAGUUACUUUUUAAAGAUAAAGGCGGCGAUUCUCAUUCUUUUAAAGCGAAUGAAUAUGAUACAACAGAUUCAGGCAAAUUAAAUAACCACCACGAAAUAAUAGCAAAGGACGAGCCAAACGCUGCCAAUAGCCCAUUAAGGGAAGUACAUAGAGACGAUGGAUUUAUUUCAAAUGAAUCAGAUAAAUGUGUAUUAUUUGAUGGGUUUGAUAAUUUUAAGACACCGAAUGACAGAAAUAGUGAAAUGAAAAUGUCCGCAAGUGAACCACUUAACACUAGAUCAAGAACUGUCACAGGUUUCAAAAAUAAUUACAACUCACCGGUAGCUAAAGGCAAACAACAUUUUAAAAAUUUCGAAGACGUAAAUUUGGACAUUUAUGACUAUCAGCCACUUUUAAAUGGCCAAGAUAAUACAAAAUCCGCAGAUACUUUAUUGCCCCAUUUAAAUAUAAAAUCUUAUAAAACAAAGUUACCUAUACCUAAAUCGUUAGACUUGAAACCUGUUAAACUUCAAAAAGCAGUCAGAAGAGGUAAUGACAUAUUGGGUGCAGUAUUAACACUCGACCCACAUAACAAACUAUUCGAUAAUAAAAUUAAAUCGACUGAUUAUAGAAGUGGACAUAACAUAUUUGGUAACCCAUUGUCAUCGUUGCCAAGUAUAAAUGACAUAAGAUCAUUUAUAGAGAACAAUGCUAAACAUAUAUUAAAACCAUCACGACUCUUCAACAGAGGCAACUCAAAUUAUAACUCACCUUUACCAUUUAAUAUUGGAGAUGCUGCUGAAAACAUCAGAUCCUAUACGGAGGACGCUGUGAAAAAUGUUCGAGAUUCUAUAGGAAAUACUUUCAAAAACCAAGACAGUACAAUUGGCAACGCACUAAAUUCAAAUGGCCUUAUAGAUACGAUGUCAAAAACAUCUUUCGAUUUAAAUGACAAACUGCAUCUUUGGCGUUCAAAUUUAAAUAAUAGACUGCAAAGUCUUCGACAAAAUGUAUUUGAUCAGUCCCGCUCACCUUCUCUACAACAACAUGAUAUCAGAUAUUAUCCAAAUACAAAAGACGUCCAAAGUUCGCGUAUGCAACCAAAAGUAUUAGGUUCACAAAACCUGUCAAAAACCCUGGCAAUGCCAAAUUUAAGAUCAUCAGACCGGCAACAGACAACAUCGUCUAGAAUCGCUAUGAAAAGUCCAACUAACACCAUAAAUACUAACAGUGAAGGUCUUGGAAGAGUGCCUUCAAUUUUGAACUCUAGACCUAGUAUAAUAGGACAAAAAAGCCAAGCAAAAGAGAAUAAGAUUUUCAGUUCCGAGAGAAAUUCGUUAUCACCACUUGUUCAUCAAAGAAUCAGUCCUGCUUUACCCACCCGUAGUGCACUUAGGAAUCAUUUAAAUAGAGAGCAGAAUACUCAGCCCAGUGAAGUUGUGUAUACAAGAAGUCCAGAUCCGAAGAAUUCAGCUAAAUCAAUAUCAAACAAGGAUGAAAAAUUCCCAAAUACACGUAAUAUCCUGGACAAAUCUACUUUGCCAAACAUAGUUGACAAUAAUUUCUUAUCCAAAGUUAAGGAGGCCAUUGGAAACAAACCAUGUGCUGUACGUAAAAUCGAUGGUCAAUCCGUGGUAUGUGUUUGCAAUGCGACUUACUGCGACGAAGUAAGACGAAUACCCCCAAAGCCAGGGACAUAUAUGCGCUAUGAAAGUAAUGAGGCAGGAGCACGAUUUGAAACUUCUGAUGGAGUUUUGCAGAACUUCACUUCAGCGUUGACUUUUGAAGUAAUGUUGGAAUUGGACCCAACUAAACAGUUCAAUAAAAUCAAAGGAUUUGGAGGUGCAGUUACAGACUCUGCUGCUAUCAAUUGGAAGAAAAUGUCACCAAAGCUACAGAAGAAAUUAAUAGAUUCAUAUUUUAGCAGGCGCGGUAUAGAGUAUAACUUUUUACGCGUUCCUAUCGGCGGCUGUGACUUUUCCACACGUAAAUACGCUUACAAUGAGCUACCUGAAAACGACAUUCGGCUUAGCAACUUCUCGUUGGUUGAAGAAGACUUGGAAUAUAAGAUACCAAUGAUCAAAGCAGCAUUUGCGGCUUCUGUGAAUCCAAUAAAUAUAAUAGCAUCACCGUGGUCCCCACCAGAGUGGAUGAAAGAGGCCUUCGGAAUAAACAAAUGUGGCCGUUUAAAGAAGGAAUACUAUCAGACUUACGCUGAUUAUAUUUAUAAAUUUAUUGAAGAAUACAACGACGAAGGUGUGCCCAUAUGGGGAUUGACUCCAGUUAACGAGCCAGCCAAUGGAAUUGCUCCAGAGACCAUCAUAAACUGCAUGACUUGGACUGUGGAUAACUUGGGAAAAUUUGUCAAAGAGCACCUGGGACCGACAAUUCGGUCAUCAAAUUUCAGUGAUGUGAAAAUUCUUGCAUGUGACGAUCAAAGGCCUUUUAUGCCGUAUUGGGUGAAUGGUAUGUUCAAUAUUCACCCAGAGACCCAAGAUUUCGUUGAUGGUCUGGCAGUUCAUUACUAUUUUGAUAAUAACUUCAACACUAUAAUUUUGGACGAGAUCAAUAAAUUGUAUCCAUCUAAAUUUAUUAUAAAUACUGAAGCGUCUGAAGGCAUUUCCGGAAAUAAGAAAAUUAUACUUGGAUCAUGGGAUCGAGCAGAACAUUACGUCAAAGAUAUAAUACAGGAUUUGAACUACAACUUGGUUGGCUGGUUAGAUUGGAACUUAUGUUUAGACAUGAAGGGUGGCCCAACAUGGUGCAACGAUGAACUAGACUCUGCUAUCCACAUAGAUGUCGAAAAGGAAGAAUUCAUCAAACAACCGAUUUUCUAUGCUCUGGGCCACUUCUCCAAAUUUAUACCACCAGGAUCAAGAAGAUUACAGAUUAAUUCAACUGGAAAUAAACACGUUUCGAACGUCGCUUUUGUGACACCACAGCAUACCGCAGUUGUUGUUCUAUAUAAUGAGGGUGACCCAGUUCUAGUAUCUAUUAAGCUACACGACAAACAGGCAGUUACUGUCUUGGAGAAACGAUCAGUAGUUACAAUUGAAAUAGCACCAGAAGAGUAA